AUGGACCCAUCCAGCGAUGAUGCGGUGGCCUCUUUAGCCACGACUCCCUUGACGGACUUACCGGCUUCUCCUGACAAGGCGACACAUGGCGAUCCCCCGACCGAACCGCUCCCUGCGAAUGCAACGCGACCCCAGGAGCUCCUGGAUCACGCCCUCGAUUUCUUAGCAACGGCCAGCAAUGAAACGCUAGUCGGUGUUUUUGCCCUUUUGGCGCUCGUGACAUACAUCAUACUGGGUAGAGUGGGCCUGGUGCUCAUUGGCAUUGGAUUGGGUGUUAUCCUGCACGCAUCCUGGGAAGGUGCAGCUCAUACAAAAUCGAGUGAAGAGUCCUCAACACCCAAGAGGCGCAGGGAACUCGCCCUGGAAGUAUCCAAGAGACUCUUGGACUGGCCUAAACGCGAGGACUCUGCCCAGAUUGCCGUUCUCAAUGAUAGCGGAACUAUCGCGGCCCCAGAGGACCUAUCGACUGUCGACCUAGAAUUCACAACUUUCCAGCCUGCGACUGCCGCAGCUCUGCGGUCGCUCACCGAUGCGGUGGUCAAGGACUAUGUUAAGCACUGGUAUGAACCGAUUCUUCCGAACGAAAUCAUAUUCCCGGGUUCAUGUCGGAGAACCUUGACCUACUUUGUCACAACGAUCUCGUCCCACCUUUCUCGCAAACGAACUGAGGACACUUUUCUACAGUUCCUGACAAACUCCUCGUCAAUAAUCAUUGUGUUCUUGAAUGAAUUAGCAGCUGCCUUUGCCACGGCUGACCCUUCGACUACGGAGGCGUCGCAAGUUGUUGAGCAAUACCUCAAGAACUCGCCAGACAGUAGCCUUGCAAAUGUCUUAUCUGAGGAGCAACAACGGAAAAAGCUCAACAUGGUCGCAGAUGACAUUCUUUCCAAUUUUCUGGAUUCCAAGUCUUACAGCUGCUCCCCCGUACGGGAUUUUCUUCGAGAGGUCUUUGCUAGACUCGUGCUAGAGUCGACAGUCACCAGCCUCUCGCGCCCUGAGUUCAUUAAUGAAUGGAUCAUUUACCUCUUCCAGGAUGGAGAGUCCGAGAUUAUGCAUGCAAUCGAUGCGGGCGUCGAGGGUGCACGCAAUCAGAGUGUCAGUUCGUCAAAGGUGUCCGAGGACUCGAAGAACGCCCUGUUAGAGUCGACCAAAGAAGAGAUCGCUUCACAAACUGCUGCGCUACCUUCUAGCAACAAGGAUAAAGCCACGGAAGAAGCGUUACUGGAGGCAAAGCGCCUGAGUGCCCUGAUUGCAUCUCAAGAUAUACAGAACUCGCUCAACGGACCGGUCAAUGAGGCCGUCCAGUCCCAAGAGCCAUCUAUAUCUACAGAGAGCACCAAUGGCCUGGUCAAUGGGAAUGCAAGUGAUCCUGCAGAUCUUGCAGCAGACGAAGAAGCUCCGGCAUCACUCCCUGUGUCUCCAAGUGCACAGACAAUGAACCUAGCUCCCUCUUCGUCUCGGGAGGAACCUGUCACGCUCCACGGUGCCAGAAUCUUGGUAGACGACGAUGCUGCCCGUAACGAGAAAGGAACCAUCAAAUCACGGCCUACCUGGGAUUAUCUGCUUCAGAUCGAGCCCGCGUCAACCCGUGCGACAGGCUGGAUGUUUCUCGGAUCAGUUUCCCACGCUACCCCCUGGAAAGGCAAGACAAGACAAGCCCUUGCGCAAGAUCUGGAGCGCUAUCUGCAGGAAGUGAUGAAGCACGAGUCACUCGCUGAAACUGAACGGAUGCGGCGAUUCGUCGAAAAGGAAACUAGUGCUACCAAACAAGGAUUCUCCUUCCCGAGCCAGAGUGCCUUUGAGAAUAUGGGCAAAGAUCUCCUUGGAGCGCUCACUAAUGCGCCCAAAGGUAUGGCUGGCGGUGGUAGGGCGGUCUUGGACGGUGUCACUGGUGUCUUUGGAGGCGUCGGACAUAAUCGCAAGCUGUCGAACACAUCAGACCGGCAAUCUCAGCACCGGAAGAGCCCAUCGAAAGUGGAUCUUGAUACCUCGAGUAACUCGGGCUCGGCCAUGGCUACAAGCCGUGUCAGUUCUCCGCUUAUCGGCUCGACAUUGGGUGAUUCAUCAGCCUCUCCUAGACCUAGUGAAGAUCGAGACUCCCCUGCACAGGCCUCUUUGCCGACUACCGCCCCGGUGGGCUUAGGAUUAUCGAAGGAAGAUGUCUUCGACUCUCCUGGAAGUAGCCAUGCGAGCAGCAGUGCCAAUCUAGCCGCUAGCGAACAGGAUACGUGGGCCUCAGAGUCCAAAACAGUUGCACCGGCUGAAGACCGAAAGUCGAUUGACCAAGUGGAAGUGACAGAGACAAAGAGGGAUUCUGUAGCGACCUCGCCCGAGCCUCCAAUUGAGAGCGAGCCCGCCAGUGGCUCUCAGGUCACUUCUCAAGUCUCUCGCCGACAGCAGAUGCCCAUCACGGCAGAUGAGACCCAGAUCGCGGUGGAGCUUAUAUUCGCCGUGAUCAACGAGCUCUACACUCUGUCCUCUGCAUGGAACAUUCGUCGGACACUCUUGAACGCGGCCAAGACGUAUAUCCUUCGUCCUGGAAGCCCGACAUUAGAGACCAUCCGGGGCUUGCUCCAAGAAUCUAUGAUCGAAGCUCAUACAUCGGACGAUGCCCUUGGAGAGUAUCUGAAGAAGCUUCGGGAGAAUGCUCUUCCCACGGAAAGUGAGCUAAAGGCCUGGCCUGCUCCGCCAAGCGAAGAAGAAAAGGCACAGUUGCGCGAUACGGCGCGCAGGCUUUUCGUUCAAAGGGGCAUUCCCCAAGCACUGACAAGUGUCAUGGGUGCAGCAGCUAGUCGGGAAGCGCUUGAGAAGAUCUUCGAUAGCUUGCAGGUGGACACGGUGGCUCGAGGGUUUGUCUUUUCGUUGAUGCUACAAGGUUUACGGGUGUUGACGUUAUAA